GCAACAAGAUAAGCUCAAGAUUUUUAAUAAAAACGAGUGUUACUCCGUGAUCGGGUCGACCAUCGACACAAUUUAGACAAGAUCAUUUACAAAACACAAUCAUUUCACUUUGCCACGUGUAUUCAAACGAUGAGCUGGCAAGUUUGGUUUGGCUCCCUCCUCAAUACUUCCGUAAAUAUUUCGCCACGUGUCCUCCUCUCUAUUUAAACCGAAGUAUUCGACCACAUAAAUCAAACACAUCAAACAAAUGGUGAAUCAUCGGAAAACGACAGACACUGACGAGUCGCCGCCGGAAUUUGAGUUCGGAUCGUUGACUCCAUCUUCUCCGCCGCAAGACUCGUUCAAUGAGAAUUCUCCCGCUGAUCACCUCUUCUUCAACGGCCGUCUCUUGCCGCACGCUUUCCCUGCGGCGAGUAGUAUUUAUACAAAGCGGUCUAUCUCAUCCCGGAGCAAUAGCACGAACAGCAGGAGUACUUUUGGUAGUAAUAGCAGCUCAACUUCUCACUCUCCGCGAAUGAGUAGUGGCAAUGUCGGUAGCAACAACAACAAUAGUCCCAUUACUCAUAACAAGCCGUUGGAUAUAAAACCUCCGAACAAUAGAUGUGGCAAAACCGUAAAUUCGACGAGGAGGAAAGCUACGGAGAUUGUGACAGCGUCUCUGUACAGGUCGUAUUCAUCGCAGCGGUGGCAAUAUAUAACUCCGGUGCCGGUGAAAAUGAGUGGAGGGAUAAGGGUCGGUGGGCGGAAGAAGAAGGUGGUAAGGGUGAGAAAGAAGACGGAGGAGAGCAGGGGGAGUAGGGUGAUGAAGCUGUGGAGAAGAAUUUUAAUGGCGGCGAUUUUUGCUUGUAGAGAGUGUCAUGCAUUGGAAGGAGCUUGAGACUUUGUGAAAUGAUGAGUGGUGACGUGGUUGUAUAUGAAACAGAGAGGAUUGUUCAUUCAAUAGUAAAAAACUAUAUUGGCUUGUGGGUUUUUGGGUGUUUGGCGUUUCUUUAACUAAAAUAUUUGUC